GGCUGUGUAAAUUUCGCAGAAUAAUGUAAGGAGGAUGCUGUCUGCUGUUUCCACUUGCCCAUCAAUGAAAUCUAGCUUGGAAAUAGCCGAUUGAAAUUGCUGAAUUUAAAAGAAAAAGGAUAUCAUAUUCCCUAGGAGGCAUUAGUCCAGAAUAUAAUUAACAUGGCAUCGAAAUGUCCUAAAUGCGACAAGACGGUUUAUUUUGGUAAGUGCAUUUUUCAUAUGAUCAUGCAUGUCCUUCCAUGCGACCCAAUAACCCCCCCCCCCACCUCCCACAAACCCCGAGUCAGCUAUGUAAUGACUAUUGUAGACACCGUUAUUUUGUCUAAAAUAGAGUUUAUCUGAGCCAACUGUUGUAACGUUCUAAUUAUACAGGAAGCCUAUUAGCCUAUAGAUUGGAGGAAGGCCUAAUAGGCAGUUGUACUGCCAUUGAUAUAUUUGAUCAGAAUGAACCAGUAGUAGGCUAUUUACUAUAGGUAUGGGUCAGCCUAGCGUGCCUAUAGAGACUAAACCAAUUAGGCCGGGUCCCUAACUGUAAAUGACUUCGGAAGUUAUGUGUGGUAUAGCCUACAUGUGCAGUCUUUGUGUUGAUUGACAAACCAAAGCCAUGCCCUUUCAGGUGUGAUCAUUUAUUAUUUAAUGAGGUCAUAUGGGAAACCUACUGUAUGACCUCAUGUAGCUAGUGGCUAUACAUCGGUUUGAACAGAGAACAUAUUCGUCAAAUCAGUCCAAUAAAACGCCAGCGGAGCAGACGGGUAAGGGCGCACACCAUUUACCUGCAGCUGACCUGUUGGGUUUUUGGAGGGAUAUAAAGUAAAAACAUCUGUCCCAGAUUAGCUUGUUUACAGUAGGCCUAUUCAGGGAAUGUGUUCGUAGUUUUAAACGAUUUGAGAUAGCCUUUAGCCUAGCUGCGUGGCAAAAUAAAGAGAUUGAGCUAAGCCAAUUAAUACGGUAAAGGCUCUUAAUGUUGCUGCGCAGAUAGAUAGGCCCUUGCAUAUACAUUAUUAAUUCGUAGCAUAUGUGUGAUGGAUAGACUUUGCCCUGUUCUAUCUCUGGAUAACAAUAGGAUUCCCAUUUCAGCACUAACUGUCAUUGACAGCUCCCAGCCUCCGAAAUAAUUAAAUGGAGUGGAGCAGCGCGUGAGCCUUCCGGCCAAACCGCACCCUUAAAAUGACAGAGCGUGCGUGUAAAGUCUAAGACACUUUAAAAGAAAAGCAGAUUCAACAUGUUGUCUCAUAUGGCCAAUCCAGACCCGUUGGUUUAGCUAUGUUGAAACUGUUAAUGAUUCAAUCUAGUAUCUUACAUUUCUAUCCCACUCCCCUGUAAAAGGAAGCCCCUAUACACCAUGGUAAAAAAAAUACAUAAUAAUAAUAGUUUUGAUAGUUCUUCUUAGACUAUAAUAGACUAUUUUUUGUUAAUUGAUGAAUUGAAAACAGAAAGCAGAUGGUACUUGCUUCUGAUGUUCUUUCUUUUUUGUGAAUGAUAGGCAGUGUGUCAGAAUGCAACCUCUGGAAACCUUGCAACACUUUUCACUCAUCUUGAAGCAUCUGUUUAUUUUGCCUAAUUAGUCCCCAAAUGGGCAAUGGUUUGGGUUUUCCAUCUGGUAAUUAAUGAUUGAAUAAAUACCUGGUAGAAUAUUACUUGAAAUCUGCUCGCUGUCUGACACAUUGAAAACUAGCAUCUUAGUACUUUCACUUAUGGAAAGGUCCCUUAGAAUUUUCCCCUCUGAACCAUACUUUUGUAGCCUGUCACUCUCUUUGUGUUUGUUCCCAUUAUUUACACACUGCCCCUUUAGGCUCCUAGUUCCUUUAGUCCCUGUCUGCUUGACAGUGUUUACUUCUCUCAGUCUUCUUCCACUCUCAUUAUGAAGUACUGCAUAUUCUGUCUGAGUCCCUCUGCCUCAGGAGUUUAGAUGAUGUAUGUUAUGUAACUCCCAGUCUUUGAUUCAGGCCCCAUGAGUUCACCUCUCUCAUUUUAACAUUGUAAUCUGGGUCGUUGCGUAAUCGUCAUCACCCAUAUCUCUGAAAGUGUACUGACUUCGUGGGUAAUUUAGUGUUGCCCGUUGCUGUCCUUGAAAGCUACUGAUAAUAAUAAUCCUCACUCCUCUCUGACUGUCAGAGUUAUAGGCUGUCCCAAAAAGCACCCUAUUCCCUAUGUAGUGCAAUACUUUUGACCAGAGCCCUACCUGUGCCAUGGUCAAAAGUAGUGCACUACAUAGGGAUAUAUAGGGUGCCGUUUGGGAUGCAGCCAUAGAGUCCUGCUCCCACACUGCCACUGGAUGGAUCUCAUCAACAGAUACAGGAAGAGACAUAAUCACAUAUUGUACCAGAGGGUAAACAAAAUACCCCAAAUUACCCUUAAUUAUUUUGAAUGAACAAACCCCACAGCCUUCUUUCUCACUUUCUCACCCUGUCUUUAUCUCUUUCUUGCUUACUCACUCUUACUAUUACUCUCUCUCUCUCUCCCCUCUCUCUCUCUCUCUCUCUCUCUCUCUCUCUCUCUCUCUCUCUCUCUCUCUCUCUCUCUCUCUCUCUCUCUCUCUCUCUCUCUCUCUCUCUCUCUCUCUCUCUCUCUCUCUCUCUCUCUCUCUCUCUGUGUGUGUUUGUGCGUGCAUGCUAUGCUUGUGUAGCUGGGAAAAGUAGAGGGUGAGAACAAGAGAGAGACUGAGAGAGUGAGAGAGCGAGACAGAGAGCGAGCGAGAGAGAGCGAGAGAGACCGACAGAUAAACAGAGACAGACAGACAGAGAGAGAGAGAGAGUGAGAGAGAGGGAGUGAGAGAAAAACCCCUGCAGGACAGCACAAAGUGCUCACUGCCUCCGACUUAACUGUGUCUUGCAUUAGUGACAUGUCCUUUUGGGUUCUAUGAAGAACCCUUCCUACUGAACCAGCUCACUCUGUAGCUAAUUAUACUGAAUUGACAUGUCCAUUUAAAUGUGUCAAUUCAACUACAAAUGUCAGUUUCCUGUACAGUAAUGUAACCAGUAUCUACCCCGCCCCCCUCCUCCCCACAGCGGAGAAGGUGACAUCUCUGGGGAAAGACUGGCACAAGUUCUGUCUGAAAUGUGAGCGUUGUAACAAGACCCUGAACCCAGGGGGCCAUGCUGAGGUAAGAGGAGUCAGUAGCCUACACUCUUAGAAAAAUAGGUGCUAUAUAGAACCUUGAAUAACCCUUUUUGGUUCCAGGUAGAACCGUUUUGGGUUCCAUUUGGUUCCUGGAACCAAAAAGGGUUCUACGUGUAGCAAAAAAAGGGUUAUCCUAUGGGACAGCGGAAGAACCCUUUUGGAACUCUUUUUUCACACAGAAACAGUCAGAAACCGCAGGGGGCGUUGUGUACAAUAGAGAGCAGUAACUAAGAGGCCAUUUUGGCUCUGUUCCCAUAGAUCUCUGGGAGGGUUAGGCCAGUUACGAACAGUACCGUACAGGGACCUAGGCCAGUUACGAACAGAGAGGAUUAGCUUCUAUUGAACUUCAUACAUGGUACAGUAGGCUACUAAAGUGUGGGGUGUUAUCAUGUGAAGUGUGCAGUGGAUCUAAAAUCCAUUGGUUUCCACUCUUUUUUGUUGCAUGUUUCAAAGAUCCCUCCAAAGCUACACCAGCCAUUUAAACUCAAGUCAGUCAUGUAGCAUGCAAUGCUAGAAUGGACGUCAAUAGGGGCGGCAGGUAGUUUAGUGGUUAAGAGCGUUGUGCCAGUAACCGAAAGGUCGCUGGUUCUAAUCCCUGAGCCGACUAGGUGAAAAAUCUGUCGAUGUGCCCUUGAGCAAGGCACUUAACCCUAAUUGCUCCUGUUAGUCGCUCUGGAUAAGAGCAUCUGCUAAAUGAUUAAUUAUAAUAUGUUAUAGUGCCAUUUUUCCUGAAGGUUAUACCAAGAUCCACCCCAACACAGUCCAAUGUGUUUGUUCCCAGAUACUUCUGCACAUUGUCUUUCCCUCUGUUCACAGCAUGAUGGAACUCCGUACUGCCACAAGCCGUGCUAUGCUGCCCUCUUUGGACCAAAAGGUGAAAAUUCAUCAACUUUAUAGCCGGCAAUUAUUUAGUUAUGUGUGCUUUAUGUGCUUAUAAAAAAUGUUGUAUUUAUUCACAGUAAGCCUAUAAGAUAGGCCUAAUGUAUGCUUUUACAGAGAGACUUAUAAAAGGAAACUAUGGUCAAUGUGUUUGUAUGCGGACAGAAUUAAGUGUUUCUCUCCGUAGGUGUGAACAUUGGAGGUGCUGGCUCUUAUGUCUACGAGGCUCCUGUCAACGAUACCCCUGCCAGUGUUUCCACGGAAACAGAGGCCAAACCUGAGGAGAAGAAAGCUCAUGCCAGAGGCCCAGUGAAGGGUAAGCAACAUGGAAGAUAGUGAAGGACGAACUCAGAAAAGAGUAACAGCGCUACUGUAGUGUUAUUAUAUCCCAUAUGAAGGUAAUAGUCAGUGUAUUUUCACCACUGGUUGUAACAAGCCUAUUCUUCUCAAUCUCUUUUUGACACAGCUGCAAGCUUCUCAACUUUCUCUGGAGAACCCAGUAAAUGUCCAAGGUGCAGCAAGACAGUGUAUUUCGGUACGCAUGUUAUUGCCCAUGCCAUAUUGUAGCGCUUAUGUGUGCGUUUCUGUGGAUGUGAGUGGGUGUCCAGAGGAAUAUGGUGACUAGCUACAGGAGGUGGAGGAAUGUUGUUUCCAUGGUGAUAUGUCUGACAUUGGUGUGUGUGUCUGUGUCUGUGUGUGUGUUUGUCUGCGUCUGUGUGUGUGUGUGUGCGUGCUUGUGUGUGUGUGUGUGUGUGUCUGUGUAUGUGUGUGUGUGCGCGUGCUUGCGUGUGUGUGUCUGUGUGUGUGUGUCUGUGUGUGUGUGUGUGUGUGUGUGCGCGUGCUUGCGUGUGUGUGUGUGUGUGUGUGUGUGUGUGUGCAGCUGAGAAGGUGACGUCCCUGGGGAAGGACUGGCAUCGACCCUGUCUGCGCUGUGAGAGAUGCAGCAAGACCUUGGCCCCAGGCAGUCACGCAGAGGUGAGAGACCGUAAGCGGGCGGGUACAUUUUCACAUUCCCGGAAUUUGACUUAGGGAAGUGGUGCUGCUAGCAAAAGACAAAAUAUACAGACAGAAAGUAUUUACACAUAAUCUACAUACGGUAUACAGUACCAGUCAAAAGUUUGGACACACCUACUCAUUCCAGGGUUUUUCUUUAUUUUUUACUAUUUUCUACAUUGUAGAAUAAUAGUGAAGACAUCAAAACUAUGAAAUAACACAUAUGGAAUCAUGUAGUAACCAUAAAAGUGUUAAAGAAUCCCAAGAGUGUGCAAAGCUGUCAUUAUUAUUAUUAUUAUUAUUAUUAUCAAGGCAGUGGGUGGCUACUUUGAAGAAUCUAAAAUCUAAAAUAUAUUUCGAUUUCUUUAACACUUUUUUGGUUACUACAUGAUUCCAUAUGUGUUAUUACAUAGUUUUGAUGUCUUCACUAUUAUUAUACAAUGUAGAAAAUAGUAAAAAUAAUGAAAAACCUUUGAAUGAGUAGGUGUAUCCAGACUUUUGACUUGUACUAUAUAUACAGUCCAUAUGCCCUAUACUACACAGUGUGUGUAUAUUGCAGUGGGAAUGCAGUGUAGUGCAGUAGUUCUAUUUCUAUGGCCAUAGAUAGAUAUGGUAUUUCUAUAUCCAUAGAUAUAUACAGUAUUUCUAUGUCCAUAGAUAGAUACAGAGGCCUGUAAAGCUGUGGCAGGAACUGUCUCAGUACAGUAAAUUAUAUUCAUUACAUUCUGUUUCAGCAUGAUGGGCAGGCCUACUGCCACAAACCAUGCUACGCCACCCUGUUUGGGCCCAAAGGUAUGCUCACUCACUCAAAACGUUCUUCCUCUUAACCCCAUGAAAGAUAAAACACCUUAUUUCUAUGGUUUACGUGUAUUGUGAUAUUUCAUCACCAUAUUCUGAUGUCUGUCUAUUGUCCCAUUCCAGGGGUGAACACUGGCGGUGUAGGGAGCUACAUCUACGAUGAACCCAGCGCUGAGGCAGAGACUGAGGCCCAGCCUUGAGCUUACCCACACCCACCUCCACCCCCACCCAGACCUCUUCCACAUUGGCUCCCUCACCCCGGCCUUGUUACUAACCCCAGUCUUAGAUAGACUCACCCUAUCUGUAUUUCCAACCUCUGCCUACACGGUCGACUAUGUUCACCCAUGCCCUAAUCAACUAGUAGUGUCUCCUUUACGCUAUUCAGCAUCUACAGAAGAAGAAAAAAAAAAGUGUCAAAUAAUACAUAUUGUAGGCCUAACUCACAGGGAUGGAUAUUUAGAAUGUUCUGUUGUAUUUCUAUAUUGUUUAUAUCUCUAUUUUGUGUACUGAAAUUCACAUGUAUAGCUAGCUUCUCCCUGUGAAAUGCACAGCAGGUUCAUGGGCGUCCCCUUCCUCGUUGUUCAUGUCUCUCCAAGACGCCAAAUGUACAGUACACUGUGUAUUAAAUGAAAGUCACCGUAUGGUUUGACUCUACACAAUACAGCACAGACCUAUAGGGAAAGAUGAUGGGGUGGUAGGCCUACUGUUUGUCAUUCUCUGGAAAAUAAUGUCAUUUGUUUGUGCACCUGUAAAGACAUGGCAGAACACAACUGCCAUGUUGAUUUCCAAGCUACCCGCUAUGGGCCUUUUCAGUGUUUUCUUGCCAAGUUCACCCUGCAGCAUAGAGACAGAAUAGAUAGAUAGAACAUAUGCCUGCUAGGAAUGUGCAUUAUUAUUAGUCUAUUGUUGUUGGUGAUUGAUUAUGUUUUGUACUUUGGGUCUUUG